AUGUCCAAAAUCGAUGUUAUAGAGCGGCCCUCCGGGGAGGAGGGGCCCAGCAUGGCACGGGCUAUAGUCCGAAGCAUGGGUGGCUUUGUUCUGGGUUUGUCCUUGGCCACGGCCUAUGGGCUUCUGGAACUUCUGGUGGAGGGACACAGCCCCUUUGGCUGCCUGGUGGUCACUGUCACUUUGGCUGCCUUUCUUAGCCUAGGCAUGGGCUUCUCCCGCCAGGUCCGCGUCAGUGUCCUCCUGCUGCUUCCCCAGGCCUUCUCCAGGCAGGGCCGGAUGCUCCUGUUGGUGGCUGCCUUUGGGCUUGUGCUGCAAGGGCCCUGUGCCAAUACCCUGCGUAACUUCACCCGGGCCAGCGAGGCUGUGGCCUGUGGGGCAGAGCUGGCCCUGAACCAGACUGCUGAAGUGCUGGAGCGAGCCAAGCAGCCCCUUGUCAGUGCUCUGACCAAGAUUAAAGCUAUCGCCCAGAGGGCCAAAGUGGUGGCUGACCGGGUACGCAGGUUCUUCCGGUCCAUCAUGGAUGGUGUGAAGCAUGUAGCCAGGGCCCUGCGGAACGUGUGGUACUGGCUCCUUCACAUCGGCGAUGUGUGCAACUCGGAGCUGGGCAACCCGUACACGAAAUGCGCCCGGUUAUUCGACGAUGCCAAGGACAACUGUAUGGAGAUCAUGCCUCGAGUCUAUCACCUGUGUUUCGUGGUCAUGCCCUUCAAGUUGGUGCUCUGUGGACUUGCCAGCUUGGUCCAGAUGUUCUGCGUCAUCCCCACGUACAUCCAAGUCUUCCUGCGAAAGACCAUCAGCACCCCUGUGUUGAAGCUGCUUAACCAGGUGCGUCGUGAAUUUGAGUUCAACAUGACAGCCACGCACUACUUCUCUGUGGACCUCAAUGCCUCUCGGAGCCUGUCCCAGGUGGCUUUGGACCUUCAUGAGGCCGUCAGCAUGAAGCUGUACAGUGUCAGGGAGGUCCUGGCUCUGAUGGGCUACACCCUGCCUCUCCUCUUUACACUUCUCUACCUCCAAGCCCUGUGGUAUCGGUACUGUUACCUGAACUGGGACAAUUUUGACAACAUCUAUAUCACCAGCCGCUUCUUGCACAUGGAGGCAGUCCGCGCCGAGGCAGGGCUGCCCACAGUGCUGCCGCUCAGCUCUCACGAGGCCAGACGCUACAUCCAACCAGGCUCCAUCUUCCUGACCCGAUGGGAGAAGAUUUUUUACAUGUUGGGGACGUUUGACCUCGCCCGUCACCUCCUCCUUGUGUUCCUCCUGGUCUUUCUGGACUACGCUGUCUUCUGGGUACUUGACCUGGCCCGGUACCACCUCCAGGGCGAGAUUGUAGCCCGCAGUCCUGUGCUAGUAUCCAUAACGGUGGAGGGGACUGGCUAUUCGGGGAGUAUUUACCGCGACCUGGUGUCCGCUUUUGAUGUCCUGCAACAAGGCAACAUCAGUAUACUGUCCCAGCGCUGCCUCCUGCAUCCCUCAGAACCGGACGCCAAUGGUUACAUCCUUAUAGGUACCAUGUACGGCCUGUGCUUCUUCGUCACUCUGUUCGGCAGCUACGUCAGCAGGCUGCGGCGCGUCAUCUGUGCCUCCUAUUACCCGUUCAGGGAACAGGAAAGGAUCUCCUACCUCUACAACACGCUUCUGAGUCGUCGAACCAACGUGGUGGCUGCGGUGCACCGAGCUGUGAUGCGGCGGGCAGCUGACCAGGGCCACAUGAGCAUCCUCCAGGUGCUAGCCUUCAGGUGUCGUUGCCUACAUCCUUUGCUCAGUCAAUUUUUGCUACAUCAGUACUACUGCCUGGGCUGUGGGCAGUCUGAGGGCCAAGGGGACAUGGAGGAGAACUUUGUGUCCUGCAGUACCCCAGGCUGCAAAGGUCUCUACUGCCCUACCUGCUUCCGUCUCCUGGACAACACCUGUUCUGUGUGUGCAUCUCCUCUCUCCAAGCAGGGCCAUCUGGAUCUGGAGCUGGACUCCAGUGACGAGGAGGGCCCUCAGCUCUGGCUGGCUGCAGCUCGCAGAAGGACUCCCGAGCAGGUGCUGAAACUUCGACAACAGCUCCAGGAAGCACUGGGCAAGAGCCUCUCAGAGGAGUCCCACUCAGAGACCAGGGACUAG